ACUCUCGAGGAGCUAGGACUACCAGGAGGCAGGAGCCUCUGACCCCGCCCAUUUCCUGAUCGCAUCGGAGUACCGGUACCGUACGUACCAGAUAAGUGACACUGACACUAUUUCGUUGUUUUAAAAACCAGAGGAUAUUUGAAUAAUGAGCAGGCUCUUAGACGAGACAUGUGAUGAUAUGUUCAUCCAACAAUAGCACUGUGUUCUCUACUGAGAUGAAGAAGCGUUGCAUUAAGUCAGCUCAAGAUGGCAUUGCUUACAUGGACAUUGUUUCCAAGGCAAACGUCUGGCAGUGUUUUCAGAUGCCAAAGGGUGCAAGGGUUCAGUAUUUAUCUGUUGAUGCUGCUGGCUAACAUUACGCAGACGGACAGCAACAACGUGACUACAUCUAUGGAGUUUGAGUACACCACUAUAUUCAUUACUAAUUCCACCAUAGAAAUGUUCAUUCCAUCUACAUCUAUAACAGCAAGUACAUUGUCAUCACAACCGUCAUCCUCGGUGGAAUCUUCUUUCGAUGUGGCGCCCUCUACAGCCCUAUACCCAUCUCCUACUCCAUCAGGAAUAUCUCAAAUAUGGACUAGUGAUGUCACUACAUAUACUGAAAUGACUUCUGAUCUUGUUUCCAUAAUAAAUCCUACAAUAAUGACAUCACCAGUAACUCCUAUGUCAAGGACAUCUACAUUAUCACAAAGUUUGGUGAGUCCGAUAGCAUCGCACACUGUGAUUUCAACGGAAGAGGUGCGUGUGACAUCAUCCAUACUGGAAUAUUUCUCACCAUCUUUCACGGAGUUCUCAUCUUCACCAUCCUCUUCAUUGGGUACAUCAUUUAUAAAGUCAAUUCCAACAGAAUCGAUGCCACCAUCUGUUCCCAUGCCAACAACUUUUCCAGUCUUAUCAUUAUCAUCAUCAUUGUCAUCAUCACCUUCAUCACAAUCACUGUUCCCAUCUUCCUUUCCAUCAUCUUACAUGGCAUCACCAUCUUCCAACUCAGUAAAUGAAGUUUUACCAUCAUCAAGUGCUGCAUUUACCACAACUCAGUCCCUCAGUUCAACUCACAUUGUUCCUACCACAUCACCUCCAGUGGACCCUCCCACCCAACUUCCUCUAACCACAGCUGGACCAGACCAACUCUCCAUCCUACAAUGGUUCGGCAUUGCGGUAGGAGGGGCUGCAGUAUUGUUCAUUUUCUUUCUGCUCUUCCAUUGCUACCAACUCAGGCAACGUGCCAUUAGGAAACAAAAGAAAGAGAUGAAGAAGGAAAUAUUAGAUUUCUCACAGAGUAAUCGGAACGACCGCAUCAGCUCAUGGAGGAACAGCCUGGCAUUGGAUGCCAUGGCAACACAUAUAGAACUUCCUCAUGAAGAUAGUAUGGACAUGCAAGCCAUGGACAAUCUUGGAUUUGAGGAAGUGUUCUUAGGGGAUGAACCAAAGUCAAACAACAACUAUUUCCUACCACAGACCAACUUGUGAUCAUCAACUACGGCAUCAGUUAUUUUCUUCUGCAGUUACCACUCGAUGACCAGUGUGGAACACAUCUUGCUUUCGCUUUGAGAAAUCUCCAGAGCAUUGGCGUGCACGGAGCUUGUGGGAAGGACACACCAUGAGGUAACUGAUGUCUGAUUGUUCCCAAAGUCACAAGUAAUUUCUCUGUAAUAAAGUCCGUUGCUGCAUGAGGACUCGACGUUAGUCUGUUCAAGACCAUUGGCAAUGCAGACUUGCUCAGGUAAGCCAGGCAUGCCUCUUCUGGUCACUUGAACCAAUGGAAGUGAUUCACUUGGCCUGUAAGGAAUGCUCAUGUGGCACUGAUGGGAGCUGGUUAGCUACAUGUUUGUGGCCAUCCUUUGUCUAAGGGCUGUGCGAUCAUCUGAUUGAGAGUUUAUCAUACAUGUACCUAUUGCAUUUGUUGUACAUGCUCAGCAGCUUGAAGAUAAAUGACCAAGAUGCAAACAGGUGUUUGUUUUUUCAUGUUUGAACAUUCUCUGCCCUGUAUUGGUAUUAUUGCUUGAUUAUAAAUAAACUACCAACUAAUAUUUUGUAAUAACUUAUUUAAAUAUAUAAAAAAGAAUUAUUCCUAAUUUCUUAUCCAUAUUUUUUGAUAUUGUACUAUAUGGCAUUUAAGUCUUGAAUCAUUCAUAUUGAAGUGGCUCUAAAAGGACUGAUGGUAUGUCAUUGGUGAUAACAUCAAAACCGUAUCCAGCAUCAACUAUGACAAAGAAAUUUAUGGGGCCCAUGCACAAGCAUAAUAGAGUCACUGUUUUCCCCAAACAAAUUGGGCCUAUGAAAUGGGGUCUUAUGGCUGGAUGUGCCCCUACCUGGAUCCGCCACUGGGUUAGUCAGAUGUAUUGAACACCACUUACCUCCUGAUUUGUACCCAUGUCAUGACUGAGCAGGGCAAAGCUAGCAUGAGACUCAUUAAUAACCAAGUAUUCCAGAACUCCAUAACUAAAGGUAGACUGGAUAUAACCUAUUAGCGCUUUUGUUGGGGCAUGUUUUUUAUUCUAAUAUGUUGUAUUCAGCCUAAAGCAACUUUUCAAAAGUCUGAGUUACGUCUUGAAGCAGGAAUCCCGCAAUGAAGGCACUACAAGUCUUUUCAUUGUGGCUUUCCAGCAUUCCCCAUUAUUUUGUCCAUUAUGAACAGUGAGGAUUUGUAAUGGCAAUUCCCUUUAAUACAGGAGUUCUGCAGGAAAAACGAGGUGCUGACUUUUGGAAAGGCGCCUUACAUGUGCAGGUGUAUUGAACAAUUUAGAGCUGAUCUCUAGCUGUUGAUAACCCUUAAAAUACGGUCACAUAGGUUCAUACGAACACAUCGUUCAUACAAAACUCACUGGUCAUAUGAAUUCUGGAGUUCGUAGUUGGGGCAUACAUGUAGAUUCUUAUGGCCUUGAUAUCAACCUAAGACCUUGAGAAACAAAAUUAUUUUCGGAUACUACUCUACAUUCAUAGGUUUUUCGUAAGAAUUAUUUUGUCAGUCUUCCGGCCAUCUUACGAUUUCUGUAGCAAGAUGAUCUAACAUGCACCUAUCAGCAAUCUCAAAUCAUUUGUAAGAUUUACUUUACAGUUGCAAAAAUUGUUGUCUGCCUUACGAGUCUUUGAAUGCCUUACAACCGCUAAAGAGUCAUUUGCAAGAGCGCCGUAUGAACCUCUUUUCAUAAGGCGUUCUUACAAAUGCUGUAUGAGCCCUCGACAAACAACUUACGCCGUUCUUACGAUCAUCGUAAUAGUUUUAAGUCUUCUAGAAUUGUCUCUCAGUCCUACAAAAUCUUGCAUGGUUCUUUAACAUUUGUGCAGAGCCUGCUUUACAAAGAGGGGGUUUUCUACAAUGUUUAAAACAAUCAUGGACCAUCUACUCAAUCUGCGAACUUACAAAUGGUCUGUGAACGCUAGCUUUGUACGGCCUUCUUGAGAAGAUCAUUCCAUGGUAUAAAAAUCGUCCAUACUGAGUUUGUAGCAGUUCUUAAUGGUAUUUUGUGACCUACAUGUAGCCAUUAAGUGAAAAUGGUAUUCAAAUAAGUCUAAUAGUGUGUAUUCAAGGUAUUUUAUCUUAUGUAUCACAGAAUUGGUUUUAAUGACACAAUUUAUGUCGGGAGCCAGAUAUUUAUACACGUAUUAUAAUUUUAUAUCCACAGUACUCAGUAUACACUCCACUUUGUAUUCCAACCCCAUUCCUUUUCCAGAAUAGAAUCUUGCAUGAUUCUAUCGUGAUUAUUCAAAAGAUGUAUUUCAUUACUUAAUUUAUUACUUAAAAUUGUAUUCUAUAUGUAUGGAUACGUACUCUCUUUGAGUAAUUUGUAUAUAGGCCAAUAUAGUGUAUAAUUCAAAAACAUUCUCUGUAACUCAUGUUUGUGUGAAGUUUGGGAAGUAAUACAAACAUAGUGUCAAUUAUUAUUGUGUGCCGGUUCACUAAUCUUGUGGGGUCUUUUUUAAUCAAGUUUUGUAUAUAUGUAGCCCAUUCCUUCAAUUUGGAAAAAAAUGUUACAAAACUGCAUUCAGAUUUAUAGCUUAAGCAGAAUUUAUAACAUCAAACCUGACUACUUUGGCAGUUCAUUGCCAAAGUUUCCCAAUCUUGGUGCACAUAUAGCUAAUAUCACUUAGACUUCAAGAAUGAUAGCUUUGAAAUAUCUUGUUUGACUAUUUAUUUAUUAAUAUAUAAUAACUUAUUACCUGUAUAUGUCAAAUUCUCAUGAAAAUCUAAUGUUUACAAUUUGCUUUAUUGUUUUCAGCAAGUUUGUUAUAACAGCUUUAUUAGUCAACAUCUCUUUUAUCAUAGAUGGCAUAGGAGGAAUCAAAUUUGUCAUAUUUUAUUUGCUUUUUAGCUUAUGCCGUGGCGUGGCGUCCGUUGUCUGGCGUCUGACGUCCCUCCACAAUUUCAAAAUGCUUCUUCGCCAUUUCAAGUCCGAUUUCAAUUCUGUUUGCUUUAUAUGAUAGCACUAGGUGGGGGAUUCAAAACUUCUACACAGAAUUUUGAAACUCAUUAAAUAUGCUAAUUCAUGCACAUUUUUCAAAAUUCACAUAAAAUGCUUCUUCUUUAUUUGUUGACCGAUUUUGAUUUUUUUUCUUCCAUCUGGUAGAGCUUCAUGAGGUUCACCAAACUUCUACACAGAAUUUUGAAAUUUGGAGUAGAAAAUUAUUUAUGCUAAUUUAUGCAAAAUUCAUAAAUCACAGAAAAUGCUUCUUCUUUAUUUGUUGACAGAUUUUGAUAUUUUUUCUUCCAUCUGGUAGAGCUUCAUGAGGUUCACCAAACUUCUACACAGAAUUUUAAAAUUUGGAGUAGAAAAUUAUGCUAAUUUAUGCAAAAUUCAUAAAUCACAGAAAAAUGCCUCUUUAUUUGUUGACUGAAUUUCAAAAUGCUUCUUCUUCGUCAUUUCAAGUCUGAUUUCAAUUCUGUUUGCUUUAUGAUAGCAUUAGGUGAGGAAUUCAAAACUUCUACACAGAAUUUUGAAACUCAUAGAAAAUGCUAAUUUAUUCAUAUUUUUAAAAAUUCACAUAAAAUGCUUCUUCUUUUUUAAUUGGUGACCGAUUUUGAUUUUUUUGCUUCCAUCUGGUAGAACUUAAUGAGGUUCACCAAACUUCUACACAGAAUUUUGGAAUUUUCAGUAGAAAAUUAUUUAUGCUAAUUUAUGCAAAAUGUAUUCAUAAAUCACAGAAAAUGCCUCUUCUUCUUUAUUUGUUGACCAAUUUUGAUUUUUUUUUCUUGAUCUGGUAGAGCUGCAUUACAUGUAAGUUCACCAAACUUUAACACAAAAUUUUGAAAUUUUGUCUAGAAAAUUAUUAAUGCUAAUUUAUGCAAAGUUUAUUCUUAAAUCACAAAAAUCAUUUUUUCUUCAUUUAUUGAUUUAUUUCAGUUUUGUUUGCUUUAUAUGAUAUCUCGAGGUGGAGAUACAAAAUUUUAACACAGAAUUUUGAAACUCAUUAAAUAUGCUAAUUUAUUCAUAUAUUUUCAAAACUCACAAAAAAUAUUUAUUUGUUGAUUGAUUUUUAUUAUUUUUGUUCCAUCUGAGAGCUACAUGAGGUUCACCAAGGUUCUACACAGAGUUUAGAAAUUUUUACUAGAAAAUUAUUUAUGCUUAAUUUAUAUGAAAUUUAUUCAUAGAUCACAAAAAAUGCUUCUAUGUCAUUUCUUCAUCAAUUUCAAUUCUAUAUCCUCAAUUUAUGUCACCAAUGUAAUUCACUACAGUGUCAACUGGGCUGAAAUUAAAAUUGUGUUAAAUUUCGUUGCGAGAUGCCGGAUGAGCUCCACAUCAUUGAUUUGCUAGUAUUGUAUAUCUGAUUGAUUAUGCAUACAUGUACAUGCACAUUUGGGGGUCAAGAUUUUCCAUGCAUUUGUUUUUAAAUUCCUAUAUAUUUCGUUAUUUUGUAGUCCAUUUAUUAUUUCAUACAUACUUAUUAACACAAUCACCAUUUAUUUGAUCUAAUGAUAAACAUGGGGAAUAUAGUUUGGGAAGGACAAUCCUUUAAAGGACAAGUCCACCCCAACAAAAAGUUGGCUUGAAUAAAAGGAGAAAAAUCCAACAAGCUUAACAGUGAAAAUUCCAUCAAAAUCAGAUGUAAAAUAAGAAAGUUAUGAUUCACUCAUUUUCACAAAACAGUUAUAUGCACAUCCUGGUCAGUAUGUGAAUGAGGGGACUGAUAGACACCUUCUCUAUCUUUUUUUUUUGUAUAAAGCAUAAACUUGUGGUAAACUCAGAUUGAUCUGUUGAUAUUAAACUAAAACUAUUUUUGAAAUUCUUUGUACACAAUUAAUAACCUAAGAACUUAAUCAAGACUAAAAGAACUUAAAUGGAAUUCAGCAGGAGAAAAAUAUCAGUGAAAGUUAUGGCAAAUAUUAAUGAAUAGAAAUAAAAGUCUUUCCUGUGUUUUGUUUGUCAUAUCUUGCAUCACCUGUAUGGGAUUAUUGUGUAUUGAUAUUUUUGUAUUCAUUCAUACAUGUAUUCAAGAAUUUGUGUAUUUGUAGAAUUUUGCCAUUUAUUGCAAAAAAAAUUUAUAUACAAUUCUUUUACUAUUUUUUUUAGAUGUAACCUUAGCAAGGAUGGAUAUGCUUAAGAUCUGGAAGAGCACUUAAGUUAAAAUUAUUUCAAGAAGCAUCUGUUCUGUAGAUAUAAUUGUCUACACAAUCUAUUUUUACCAAUUUUCAAUAACCAAAUAUCAUUAUUAUCAAAUAACUAUGAAAUUUCUUACCUUGUUAUACAUGUGUCUUUGUAAUGUAUGUCUUAUAGUACUAUGAUCCCCCCCCCAGAAAAAAAAACGAAAAAAAUUUAA